GUGUCUGGUCCCAGCAGCCAACAGCAGCAGCAGCCGAAGAGGCCCAAGGCAAAGUGUUAAUAUCCCAAGUGCGAAAUGCGUUACCUGCCAUUGAGUGCGUUCAUCGUGUGCUUGGCCCUCGCCGGGCACUGCCAAGUCGCUGCAGGCUACAAGAGCGAGGUCGAGAUCACGCCAGACCCGCUGGACGUAGUUGAGACUACAACAAAGAAGUCCAGCUGGUUCGGCGGCUUCAAGAAGUUCUUUGGCAGCAGUGGCGAUCCGUCCAACACGGAGGUCACAACCAGCACCACCAGCACCACCUCGACCACGACGACAACCACAACCAGGCCAAGUUCUGUAGCUGGCACGACUUCGGUCGCCCAGAAGCCCCCCCCACUGGUAAUCUCUCAUGCCCCGUUGAUGCCGUUGGGCCCUCGGCCUGAUACCCCCAGCUCCUCCCCUUUCGGAGCUGCUAGCGGCCCCCAGUGGCCCACAAGCGGAGUGGGUGUCAAUCAUUUUAUUUCCAGCACUAAGCCGCCCCAUCAGACGCCCUAUCAACCGCCCCAGGGACGUCCACAGGAGGCAGGUGGAGCACCCAAUUUGCCACCGGGAUUCGCCCCCUACCGCCCCCAGAAGCCACAACCGAACAGCUACGAUUUGAGCUACGGCAGUGGCAGCGGCAGUGGCAGCGGCAGUGGCAGUUUCGAUGCGGGACGUCCGGGACUAAAUGACCCGCUGGCUAAUAGCAGGGCCACAACUACCACCCAGCGGCCCAAGACGCCCAAUAUCCAGCCUGGAUCAAUCGAUGUACGCUUCGGAACAUCCACAGCCAAGCCACAGCCACCGAAGGAGGAAUUCCCAGCUCUUCCCGGUCCCCGUCGCCCGUCCGUGAAAGAUGACUACCCGCCUCUGCCUACGGUCCGGUCUCCAUCGGUACCUUCCUCUCCCACUGCUCUUCACACUCCCACUCCCACUCCCACUCCCACUCCAAAUUCCAUUCCGACUCCUUCUUCGCCCUCUGCCUGGGCAUCGCCUCUGCCUCUGCCUCUGCCCACGCCCGUGCACCCAGCAGCCCCCGUGCAUCCGGCUCAGCCCUCGACCAAGCCAACGCCCGCCAAUGGAGUGUCCUUUGUGCCGCACACGGGGGGAACGGGAGGACAAAGCGGUGCAGGAGGAGCCAGCACGACCACAGUUCGUCCGGGCUUCCAGUCGUCGGGCAAUUCGAUGGCCAGCGACGAUGAGAUCCGCCAGCUGACAGAGCAGCUGUACACCAAAGAGAGCAACAGCCAGAUCAGUCUGGUCGAGGUGAACCUGCAAGGGCGAACGCGCUCCAUCGACAGUGCCGACGAGGCUCCCAGUCCACUCCUCCAGGUGGACCCCAAGGCCUUCGACCCUCCGACCAUUGCCAAGAUGAAACUGCUCUUCAAUAACUACGAGCAUGACGCACUGGUCAACGAGCACGUGACGGCCAACGAGCGAAAGGAGGAGAACGAGUUCCUGGACGCGGUGAUGGCCACGGCGGUGAUGCGGCAUGCGAUGCAGUUUCUGCAGCAGAAGGGCGUGGUCACGCCCGAUCCCAAGACGCACCGCGACUUGGUCAAGGAGCUGUGGUUCACCCAGUACUCGCGCGGUCAGGGCAAGAUCGGCAGCUCCGGCUUCGAGCACGUGUUCGUCUACGAGGUGAAGAACGGAACCAUCAUAGGACUCCACAACUGGGUGUACAUCAGCGAGGAGGAGGAGGCGGGUCGCCUUGACUACAAGGGCUAUAUGAAGGAGCAGGCCAUUGGCACGAAAGGGAAGGUGCUGAAGAUCCGCUUCUCGCACCAAGGACUGAACAAGCCCGUGAACACGGUGUUUGUGGGCACCUCGCCGGAGCUGGAGCUGGCCCUCUAUACGGUCUGUUUCCAGCUGCGUCCGGACCGUACAUGCCCCGUCUCCCUGGGCAACAGCAAGUUCGGCAUUGUCACCUACUCCUGGCGCUACCGAGGGAAGAACCUGAUUGGCAGCGCAUACCCAGAGAUUUGAACAGUUCCCUAUUCCCUAUUCCCUAUUCCUUUAGUCCUCCAUAAACUAUUUUAUUCUGACUAUGCAAUGAACAAUACAAAAAUGCACAUGAAAAGUGCACGAAUAUGCA